AUGAUUAAUAAUACUUAAAAAGAAUGCGUCAAAUAUAGCCACCAUGAAAGAUCUACGACCUAUUAUGAUUCAGAGUCAUUUGGUCAAGUUUUUAGAAUUGUCAUAAGAAGUGAGAUUCAAAGAUAUCUCAUUGAAAAGUUGAUCAUUUGGAAAGGAUAAAUUGAAUAACUGAAAUUAAAAAAUAUUGAUCUUGAGAAAGAUGAAAAAGAUCCCAUUAAGAUACUAAAAAUUCGUCGAAUUCCAGGAUAUAUAUAUUUUGAAUUAUGGAAACAUAAAUGGAGGAAAUGUAAAAAACCUAAUCUCUACAUGACUCUUGAUCACCUUAAGGAUCACCUUCCUCUCAUUGGGGCAAAUGGUGUGAGAAGAUCGAGAAGAUCAAGAAGAUCAAGAAGAUCUACAAUUACACCAUAGACACUACAGGAAGCUGUACAAGAAAUCCCAAAAGUAUAUGACUCUCCAGAUGAGCGAUAUAGCCAUAAAUAUAAAGAAAUUAAUAAAGUAAGAAUGCAAGAAUUACCACUCCAAGGCUUAUCACAAUACUAUUUGAACAUAAUUUCACAUUCAUUAUUAUUAUUAUUAAAAAUUAUAGAUUAGUGGAAAUCUGAAUAAAUAAAAAUAUAUUAUUACAUUUAAACUGUUCUAUGA